AUGGCGAGCAUUACUGCCUAUAGGAUACUCAAAAUAAUUGUGACGAAAUACAUCAAGGAAAUACCGCUAAUAAAACUUACCAUCAUGCCUACGCUUCUUCUGAUGCUUGUAGCACGAGUUAUGGAAGUAAAAGUGAGCGAAAUUGUUCAAAAUGCCUCACUUGCGUUUAGCGGCUAUAAAGAGAGCGGUAUAUUCAAAAAAUAUAUGAUUGUGGGAAUAUUGUCAUCCCUAUUGAUAGAGCUGCAAGGUUUCAUAUUCAAGUCAUCGGUACAGCGUGCUUAUAGAACUGCCUUGAAAAAUUCGCUACGUGGAUACUUCUUACUCAGCUGGUCAGAGUUCAAGAUGAAAGGUCUGGGCGAAAUAACAGCUUCGAUCGAACGACGAAGUAGUGCUGUCGCUGAAAUACUGGAUGUUCUCAUAAUUAAUCUGCUUCCUGUAUUUCUUGUCCUAUUUCUAUCCAUCCUAAAAAUAUACGCUAUUAUGGGCUUUGUCUCUUCGCUUGUCAUUCUCAUCUCGCUAAUUACGUACACAACGGUUACUAUCCAAAUGGCUGUGUGGCGCAAUGACAUACGAAAAAAGUUGAAUUUAUCGAUCAACGAAAGUAACGACAAGCUAAUCGACAUUCUUUCUAACUACGACUCCAUUCUUGCAUUCAACAACCAAAAUUUGGAAUUAUAUAAGUACGACAACAAGUUGGCAGUGGGUGAGCGACACUAUGUCAAAUUGUGGCGCACAUUCUAUCUGCUCAAUUUUUUACAGCGCUUUGUUCUCUGUGUGCAAACAGGUAUGAUAAUUUACGUAGGAAUGUACAACAAAAUAACCAGCGAUCAAUUUGUUCUCUAUCUUUCAAUCAGCAAGAUACUUGCAUCGAACCUGGAUAAGCUUGGAUACAUGUACUCGCGAUUUACAGCUGCCGUUUUGAACGCAAAAAUGAGCUUCUUAGACAUACUGCCACCUAAGAAACUGUAUCCAAUUCGGUAUUUCGACAAGAAAAUAUCCUUUCGAAACGUUGCUAUGCUAUUACCGUCAGAAAAUAAGCCGAACAUGUCAUGUGAUAUUUUUACAUACACUGUUACCGAAAGUUUUCUUUUCAAGAAUUUGAGCUUUGAGAUACAAAAAGGUGAGAAAAUCGCUUUUAUUGGUCCGAAUGGCAUCGGAAAAUCAAAUUUUCUCAAGAUGUUACUCAAAUUUAAUGAUUACACAGGAAGUAUUAGAAUAGACGAUGACGAGUUGUGCACAAUAGACAACAGUUCCCUGCGAGAUCUUAUAUCGUAUGUUCCACAGGACAGCUAUCUGGUAAGCGGAACAGUUAAGGAAAAUAUCAAGUACGGAAAUUUGAUGGCAACCGACGAGGAAAUGAUUGAGAUGUGUCGAUCUCUCAAUUUUCACGAUAGUUUUGUUAAAUUAUCCUCUGGAUAUGAGACAUACAUCGGGAAGAACAAUUCUGUGCUAAGUGGUGGGGAAAAACAAAAGAUAGCGAUUGCCAGGGCAAUGUUGAAGAAUGCGGAAAUAUACCUAUUUGAUGAACCCACUGCCAACUUGGACAAGAAGAGUGAGGAAGCAUUCUUCGAAAAAUUGGCCAAAGAUCAAAAUAACAAAACAUCAAUUGUGGUUAUACACAACUUAGAGCUUUUAGAUUACUUUGAUAGAGUCAUAUUCCUUCAGAAAGACGGAAUUCAAGAAGUAAAAAGGGAGGAAGCAUUUAAAUUAAUGAAAUUUACUAAGAACACAAACGGUACGAACAAAUUGAGUGAAGUAUGCUGUCUACCGGAAAACGAUGAGAAUGCAGUCAACAACAUACAAACACUAAAAAAAUAUGAUUAAAUACGU